AUGGUCACUCUGUCCCAGCGUUUGUUAUUUUUCACUGAAUUGUUGUGAAUUUUUGGUUUUUUGUAUUUGCAACGUUUUUAACAAAAUGACAAUAUAUAAUCUUUAUAUAUUUGACAAGAUGGGCACGCUAAUGCAUUACGCCGAAUGGAAUCGUACAAAGAAAUCAGGCAUUACACGCGAGGAGGAAGCCAAACUAACGUAUGGCAUGCUUUUUUCCAUUAAAUCGUUUGUCAGCAAGAUAUCUCCGCACGAUCCACGUGAAGGGUUUCUCUACUACAAAACCAAUCGCUACGCUCUGCAUUAUCUGGAAACGCCCUCAGGAUUAAAAUUUGUGCUUAAUACCGAUACGGCUGCCAUCAAUGUGAAAGAGCUGCUACAGCAGCUCUACGCCAAAGUCUGGGUGGAGUACGUGGUUCGUGAUCCACUGUGGACGCCCGGCACUGUGGUUACCUCAGAGUUGUUCCAAAACAAACUGGAUGAGUUUGUCAAGCAAUCCCCUAUCUUUGGCAUAAGAAAUAUUUAAACAUAGCUUACAGCAUAGUUAAUAGAUAGUGAAAAACAA